GCGCUGUGCGCGGCUGCUCCCAGGCCGCUCCCGCCGGGAUCGCUCCCACAGAAAUGACCACGCAGUACGGUAUUCUCUUCAAGCAAGAGCAAGCCCACGAUGAUGCCAUUUGGUCGGUGGCCUGGGGGAAAAAUAAAAAUGAUGGUUCUGAAACGGUGAUCUCUGGUUCUCUGGAUGACCUGGUGAAGGUCUGGAAGUGGAACGACGAGAAGCUGGACCUGCAGUGGACGCUGGAGGGGCACCAGCUGGGGGUGGUGUCAGUGGACAUCAGCCACACGGGCGCCAUCGCCGCCUCCAGCUCCCUGGACGCCCACAUCCGCCUCUGGGACCUGGACACGGGCAAGCAGGUCAAAUCCAUCGACGCCGGGCCCGUUGAUGCUUGGUCCCUGGCUUUUUCACCUGACUCCCAGUACCUGGCCACAGGAAGUCAUGUGGGGAAAGUAAAUAUUUUUGGUGUUGAAACUGGAAAGAAAGAAUAUUCCCUGGACACCAGAGGGAAGUUCAUCCUUAGCAUUGCCUAUAGCCCAGAUGGAAAAUACUUGGCCAGUGGAGCAAUAGAUGGAAUCAUCAAUAUUUUUGACAUUGCAACUGGAAAACUCCUGCACACGCUCGAAGGUCAUGCCAUGCCCAUUCGUUCCCUGACGUUCUCCCCCGACUCUCAGUUGCUGGUCACGGCCUCAGACGAUGGAUAUAUCAAAAUCUACGACGUGCAACAUGCAAACUUGGCUGGCACCUUAAGUGGUCAUGGAUCCUGGGUUUUAAAUGUAGCAUUUUGUCCUGAUGACACCCAUUUUGUUUCCAGUUCAUCUGAUAAAAGUGUAAAAGUUUGGGAUGCUGGGACGAGGACCUGCGUUCACACCUUCUUUGACCACCAGGACCAGGUCUGGGGAGUGAAAUACAACGGAAGUGGGUCCAAAAUUGUAUCUGUUGGAGAUGACCAAGAAAUCCAUAUUUAUGACUGUCCAGUUUAGAUGUCUUGACUCAGACCCUCUGGUGAACUCCUGGGGCAGUUUCAUUACAUAGGACAGCUCCUGUCCUAUGUAAUUUUUUAGUAUGAUAAAACCAUUUCAGACUGACCUGCAAACCCAGAUACAUUUAUAUCCAAUUUUGAUUUUGUUUAGCAUGAGAGAAAAGCCUUACUUUUUUAAAAUAAAAGCUAUGGCUGCAA